UUAUGUGAUAACUUCUAAGAAAACGGGCGCUGAUGUUGUCACAGUUAUGAAUAUGCCGAGUACAAACGUUUCUUAUGUCGCGCACAUAUGGAAGUAUGUAGCUAUAUUAUCUUGUUGAUUAACUACUUGACUGCCAGCCGGCUUGCUGACUACACACACACACAUACACCUACCUGCACGAUUUCCAUCGCCAACGCACUACAACUGCCAGCAGUUGUGGCGGCUGCUGCUGCUGCGCCAACGUCGACGCCGGCAUUGCCAUUGAAAUUUAAAUUGAAAGCGACGAUGGUUUUCAACUUAAUGGCAGCGGGCUCGUUUGUGCCCGCACAUUAGUAUCUAAAGAGUUCAGUAGUUGCAGAUACAUCGUCGCCUUCAGUGGUAUCUAAAUGAACGCAAGUACGGUGGCUUAAACAAACACGAGUGAGAUACUUAACAACAAACAGCCGGACGUGGACGAUAGUGAGAGUUAGAGAGUCGCGCAACAUUUACCAACAAAAUAUCCAUUCCUGUAUAUAUAACUGUUACAAACCCCACAUUAACCACCCCAACGGCGUACAGUGACCACCCACCCAAAAACACUUCGGUUUUCUUUCUACCUUCCGCAGUACUAUUCGAGUAGUGUACGCGCACGGCAUCUCAGUAUCCAGAACAAACAUAAAGUGUGAUUUUUUGAUUCAAGUGUUGUGAAUUUCAAGUUCAUUUAAUUUGUGUGUGAGUGUACGUGCAGAAACGAGGCCAAGUGAAAUUAAUUGCAAAUCCCAAAAGGCAUACCGUUAUUCUCCAAAUAUUUAUAUAAAUACAGAAAUUAAUAUACAGAAGUGUAAGUGAAUAACGCGUACGAAACAUUCGAAAUAUCUCAGCGAAAACUUCCACGAAACAACCGAGCACCGGACAGUAUUAUUUAUUUUGGUUUUUGUUUGAAGUAACACAUCCGGCGUGGCAGCUGGAUUGCGACUUGGCUGUGUGCAUUAGAACAACAAAAAGAAUACGUGCAUAAUUCUUCCUUUCCUCCGAAGACUGCUCCAAAAGCCAGCGAUAUGAGCCAGAACCCGGACACCACAUUCAUACCGGAUCUUCCAAAAGGACCUUUAUGUAGAUAUCGCAGUCGUGCUAAAUUCGACUGGAAGCAGCUUAAAGUAAUAUUCGAAAGAGAACAGGAUCUGCGCAUCAAGUAUAAAGUGUGGAAAAUCCUUGAAAAUGAUCCGCUAUUCUCCAAACCACAGUCUACACUGUCUGCCGACGAACAGAAGCAUCUCUGCGCUAUGCAAGUUAACCGCAUGCCACAUUUGAAUCUCAUACCAAAGGAGAUCGAACAAAAGAGUUUCGGCGAAAAGACCAAAUAUUUGAUGAGCAUAAAUGAGGCUUUACACACAUACUGUCCGAGUUUGUCGGUGAAAAUCGCCUUGGGUGUGGGGCUUUUCAACAACGCCAUACGCGCUAUGGGCACUGAGCGACACAUGAAGUACUACGAUGCUGCGUGGAAUCGUGAGCUGAUAACAUGUUUGGCCAUUACUGAGCUGGCGCAUGGUAGCAACACAAAGAGCAUUCGUACCACCGCUACAUACGAUCCGAAAACACAAGAGUUCAUUAUAAAUACGCCAGAUUUUGAGGCGGCGAAAUGUUGGGUUGGCAAUUUGGGCAAAACAGCCACGAUUGCGAUGGCAUUCGCCAAUCUAUAUACGGCUGAUGGUGAAAAUCAUGGGUUACACGGUUUUCUAAUACCCAUACGUGACCCGAAGACACUGCAGGCAUAUCCAGGUGUGCUGGUUGGUGAUAUUGGCGAAAAGAUCGGUCUGAACGGCAUCGAUAAUGGAUUUGUGUUGUUUUCGAAUUACCGCAUUCCACGUGAAAAUCUGCUGAACCGCACAGGCGACGUAACACCUGAAGGCGUGUAUGAGAGCGUAUUUUCGGAACCCGGUAAAGUGUUGGGUGCUGCUUUGGAGUCCUUUUCGGCGGGUCGCAUUGGCAUCAUGCAAGAAUCAGCUAAUACUCUGGCCAGCGCGGCUGUAAUUGCGGUGCGUUACGCAGCGCUGCGAAAGCAAUUUGGUCCCGAGAAAGAUGGACCUGAAGUACCGAUAAUUGAGUACCAACUACAGCAAUGGCGCAUAUUCCCAUAUCUGGCGGCUGCUGGAGUACUAAAACUUGCUGUGGCGGAGUUGACAGAAAUUUACCUUGGUAUCAUUGAAAGAUCACAGAAGGACUCAAAUGGCUUUGAGUUAUUGACCCAAAUUGUUUCCGAGAUUCAUGCAGUCAUCUCUUCAUCGAAACCACUACUCACAUGGACCGCGAGAGAUGCUAUACAGGAAGCAAGAGAAGCUUGUGGCGGUCAUGGUUAUUUAAAAGCUUCCAAAUUGGGUGAUCUUCGCAACGAUCACGACCCGAGUGUCACCUAUGAAGGCGACAAUAAUGUGCUUGGACAACAAGCGUCCAACUGGCUACUGCGACAAUGGAAUGGUUCAGUAGAAAGUCCCGUGGCUACUGCAAAUUUCGUGAAAAAUCGGGGUGACAUACUGCAAUAUACCUACGAAAAGGUGGUGCGAGAAUCACCAAUUGAAUCGAUGGAUUUUGCUCUGCAGUGCUACGAGUGGAUGUUAUGUUAUCUGCUGGAUAAGACAGCGAAUCGUGUGGCUCAAGACAUAAAGGCGGGCGCGCAUCGCUUUGAUGCACGCAACAACUCCCAGGUGUACGGUGCGCGUGAUUUGUCAUUGGCCUAUGCGGAAUAUUUCGCGUUGAGUCGUUUCCGCGAACGUUUUUGCCGUUUGGCUGUGAACAGCGACUUGUCACAAGUAUUAGAACUGCUUUUCGCCAUCUAUUCAAUGUGGUGCAUCGACCGUCACAUGACCACCUUCUAUGUAGGCGGAUUUGCGACGUCAGCCUCGUUUGCGGAAACGAUACGAGCACGUCUACUUGCGAAAUGCAGCGAACUCAAGGACUCAGCCGUAUCGGUGGCAGACGCAUUGGCGCCACCCGAUUUCGCACUUAAUUCGGUCAUCGCCAAAUCCGAUGGGCUUUUGUAUGAGAAUCUACAAAGUGAAUUUAUGACCAAUAAGGGCGCAUUUGAACGCCCAUCUUGGUGGAAAGAUAUUAUUAUUCCUCAGGUUAAGUCGAAGCUUUAAAACGGUACUCCGCCGAAUGUGGAUAAGCAAACGUAUUGCAUUUUCCUAAUGUAGGGCAUUUUUACGAGACGAAUAACUGUACUGUAGUUUAAUGUAAUGUGUGCGUGAAUCAUGAAGGUGAUUGUGUCUGUAUAGAAUAUAUGUAUGUAUGUAAGCUAUGUACGGGUAUAAUUUAUGGGCGCACAGUCUUGUGCAAAAUAUAAAACUGAUACUAAUGUUAGAGAUAUCUCUGAUAAUGGAACGAGUAUAUGAUAUUCUUGUGGCUUCAAAUUUUUACAUACACAAACUAUUUGAUAUGAAAAUUUAUUAAGUAAAUAUAAUAUAUAUACCUACUCUUAGUAUAUAUAUACUACAUACAUGUAUUUAUAUCGUUUCAUAGUGCAUCAAAAUAAAAAUAUUUAUGUAUAUUUAACUAAUUGAAUUUACAUUACCACUAUUGUA